UAAAAAUCAAACGGACACUUUCAUUGAACUUUCAAAAACUUACAAGAGAAGAAAGCCAAACCAACAAAUAUAUAAUAAUCAUAAUGAUAAUAAUAAUAAUUUAAAAAGAAAAAAAAAAAGGGCCAAAGCCUCCAUUGACAAUGGAUGAAGUGAAGCGCCAUGAAAAUAGGUUAGAUCUUUCCACCUGCAGAGUCAUUUGGGCUCUGUCCCUCAAGAACAUACCCUACGAAUAUGUAGAAAAAGAUCUCACCGAAAAAACUCCUUUCCUCCUUCACCAGAAGGUCUCCAUGAUCGUUGAUGGGGGAAAAUGGAUCGCCGACUCCUCUGUUAUUCUCGAAUAUAUCGAUGAGACGUGGCCUCAAAACCCCCUACUCCCUGUCGAUCGCCUCGACAAAGCUACUGCUCGAUCUUGGAUUCGAUUCAUUGAUGAUAAGCGGGCGGUCGUGUCUAGAAUGUUCUGUUCUGGCGGGAAUGAACAGAUAAAGGCGAAGCAGGAAAGCUUGGAAAUGCUGCAAAUCUUAGAAGAGGAUGGGAUCGGCGAGGAGAAAUUCUUCGGCGGAGAGAAGAUCGGGAUGGUGGACUUAGCAUUAGGAGAAUUUGUAGAGUGGUUGGGAGUGUUUGAAGAAGUAAUCGGCGAGAAAUUGAUGGAAUCCGGUUCAUUUCCUCGGCUAGAAGCUUGGAGCAGAGCUUUCAUGGCAGUUCCGGCAAUCAGAGAGAAUCGUGCCGAUCGAGAUCGGAUGGUGGAAAAUUUCAAGCGUUAUAGGGUUCGGCUUCUGCAUCCUUCUUCAACGGAUCAUGAUCUUAAGGGGUUUUUGGAGCUCUUUCGAUGUGUCUGUGAACUCGUUUCUUGCCUUAUUAGGAUUCAUUGAACCGUUUCCGUAUUUUGUAAAACCAACUUAUUACUCCGGUUCAGGUUACGAUAGCUUUUUAAAUAUUUGUUGUUAAUUUUACUUUUGAAUAAAAAAAGUAAAAUAGUAUUUGAUA